GUCUCCACGCAGAGACUGAUAGGAGACGUGAAAGACGCGCCACGGAGGGCCGAGCGGGACGUGUGCACAGAGGAGCGAUGCCCUAGAUCUGGGAAGCUUCUGUCACUCAGGCUCCCCUCUGCAUCCUGCACCUGGAAAACAAAGAGACGCUGCUUAGACCCAUGCGUAAAGGAAAGACGGAUGUUCGCUUGCUUCUUACUUUUUCCAACAUUUGCACCAAAAUGAUGCCUGUUUUUCACUCUGCCCUGGCCCCCUGACCACACCUGUGUAGAUGCUUUAUAGACUUCCUCAUACUUCACCUCGGGCCAUGAAUGAUGGCGAUGUCUGCAGAGGUUUGCAGUUCCACCGAUGCGCAGAGCAAAAGUCGUCAGAAAGGCUUGGGCGCACCGGAUCUGAAUGGGUAUGUAAAAGCACGCGUCAUCCCGCGCUGCAGAGAGCAGGACUGUGAAACGUGGCUCAGGCUGAUGUUUCACAAACUCUGGAGUUCCCAGAGGUUCCGGAGCGCAGUGUGCGUGGGGUCGCUCUCCGUUUUCCUCGCCGCUUUGGUCAAAUGCGCAGACUGGACAGCUGAGACCAGCAGCAGUGCUGACACACUCCUGCACACAUCGUCCCCCCUCCACUUUGUUUCUGCCUGCGCAGCCGAGCUGUUGCAAAGUUGCCUGAGUGCGCUAUCGUUGCUGUUCGCGCUCCUAUGUGCCUUCUUUUGGGUCGGGGUGUACCUGAUCCACUGCGGGGUGCUGAUCGAGACCCUCAUCUCCCUCCUGACCUUGUGCCACCUGGGCGAAGUCGCGGCGUGGUCUCUUCUGGACGGGACAGAUGAGCAGCUGUCCGCUGCAGCGGCCGGGGUUGUGCUCCUUUGCUCGGCCGCUGGUGUACUCAUGGUAGCUCGGCUGAACCAGGGCACAUCUGUGAUCGUUUUCAUCAGCAUAGCCAGGACGAUCUCGCUCCUCUCGCUGCAUAAAGUGCGGGCCGCCUGGAGACCGUACGUGGCGUACCUGGUCGGAGUGCUGGGCAUCCUGCUGGCGAGGUAUGCUGACAGGCUCCUUCCCAAACAAGGGACACAAAAGGAGGGCUGCACCCCCGUGACUGGAGCCAGGGAAGAGAUUCCUGUAUUUAAAAGGCGCAGGAGGUCCAGUUCUGUUAUAUCCUCAGACAUGGCGCACAGUCAGUCCAGUAGUAAGUCACACCGGCGGACCUCUCUGCCAUGCAUCCAAAGGGACCAGUCCUCCGGCACGACAGUGAUGGUGGAUAUUGCUGUGAUGGGAGAAGCCCACGGACUGAUCACAGACCUGCUGGCCGACCCCUCUUUGCCAUCCCACACCUGCACGUCGCUGCGGGCCGUCAGCAGCCUCCUGACCACCCAGCUCACCUUCCAGCCACUUCAUCGACCCCGUCCCACCCCCCUGCUCAACCCCAGCGAUGCCUACACCUGCUCGGACUCAGAGGAGGGACCUGAGAAGGGAGAGAAGACAUCCAUACACAAGCGUCUGAGGCGGAGUCUCCACCCUGGCCUUCUUAGGAGGAUUUCCUCCACAUGGACAACCACCACCUCUGCCACAGGAAUGCCCACCAUUGAACCUGGACCUGUUCGAAGGGACCGCAGCGCCAGCAUUAAACCAUACCAUGAAACACUCAUUUGCAGUUGUGGGAGGCCAUACAUUAAACUGACCCAUGGAGAGGGCUCUAUAGAUAAAGGAGACAGGAUACCACGAUCAGAGGACCAAGUGGUUGUGUCAUCAGACUAUGACAGCACCCAUGAAGCCAACCACAGUGACAGCAGUGAUGUAGCACACACUGAGGAGGAUGCAGAGGAUGGGAAAAACUCCUCUCAAAAUGUUAUCCUCCAUGCACUAAUACCUCCAGAGAACAAAACUAUUCUGGCACCAGAACCGUUAGUAAUGGAAGACUUGGAGCCUUUGAUGAGUCAGUUAAACAAUUGGAACUUUCCUAUUUUCACCCUAAUGGAGAAGACAAAUGGAAAAAAUGGAAGGAUCCUCAGUCAGGUAUCUUAUAGGCUCUUUGAGGACACUGGCCUGUUUGAGACCUUUAAAAUCCCUGUUAAAGAAUUCAUGAACUACUUUCAUGCUCUGGAGAGCGGCUACAGAGACAUACCCUAUCACAACAGGAUCCAUGCCACAGAUGUGCUUCAUGCAGUCUGGUAUCUCACUACGCAGCCUGUACCUGGUUUACCCAGCCUAAUUAAUGAUCACGGCUCUGCCAGUGACUCAGAUUCUGACAGUGGAAUAACGCACAGUCAUAUGGGCUUCCUAGUCUCAAAGACGUACACUGUGUCCGAAGAUGGCUAUGGCUGUUUGUCAGGCCUCAUACCCGCUCUGGAGCUGAUGGCGCUUUACGUGGCUGCUGCAAUGCAUGACUAUGAUCAUCCUGGGAGAACAAAUGCUUUCCUUGUGGCCACCAGCGCCCCUCAGGCAGUGCUCUACAAUGAUCGCUCGGUUCUGGAAAACCACCACGCCGCUUCUGCCUGGAACCUCUUCAUGUCACACCCAGAGUAUAACUUCCUCGUUAACCUGGACCAUGUGGAGUUCAAACGCUUCAGGUUUCUGGUCAUCGAGGCCAUACUGGCCACAGACCUCAAGAAGCACUUUGACUUCCUUGCUGAGUUCAAUGCCAAGGUAGGCGAUGAUCCUUCAACAGGCAUUGACUGGUCUAAUGAGAACGACAGGUUGCUGGUCUGCCAGAUGUGCAUUAAACUGGCAGACAUCAACGGGCCUCUGAAGUGCAAGGAUCUACAUCUACAGUGGACUGAGGGCAUCGUCAAUGAGUUCUAUGAACAGGGUGAUGAAGAGUCUAGCCUGGGGCUUCCUGUGAGCCCUUUCAUGGAUCGAGCUGCCCCACAGCUGGCCAAACUUCAGGAAUCAUUCAUCACACACAUUGUUGGACCACUUUGUAACUCCUACGACUCGGCUUGCCUCAUACCUGGACGAUGGGUGGAGCCUGAUCCCGAGGAGGAGGAGCAAGAGAUUACAGAAAGCGAGGAUGCAGAUGACGAUGGAUCUACAUGCUCUGAUGGAUCACAGAAAGACGUUUCCAAGAAAAGGAGGAAAGUUUUCUGCCAGAUCACACAGCACCUCCUGGAAAAUCACAAGAUGUGGAAAAAAGUAAUGGAAGAUGAAUCCCAAAAUGAGGACCCAGAGGCGGAGCCAGUCCAUUUAAACAAAGUAGCAGAAACAAUUCUGGCUAUUGAUGAAGAAGAAGAGGAAUUGGGCAGCAGGGAAGAGCAGGUGGAAGAAGGGCAUCGUGAGGAAGAAUCAAAGGAAGCAGAGUGGCUUAUUUCAGUAAAAGAAGGCUCUAAGAAUGUAGAGGAGCAAGGGGACAGUGAACCACAAUAAAAACCAUCUAAGCUCCGCCCCAAUCAGUUAGCGAUGCAGCAUCAGUCAGGAUAAGGAUGUAAAGAAAUAUCCCUUUUGACCUUAUCCUACUGACUCCUGUUUCUGCCAGCACAGUACUUAGACACAACACUGUAGAUGUUUGGGAAACACGUGCCUACACACACAGAAAAAAAAAAAAAAUACAGGUUGGGAAAAUUUGUGCUUUACAUGUUUAAUCUGAAUAUGUGGUUUUACCAAACAAUUUAUAUGUUUUCUUUCCAUAUUGCAAUAAUGGAUAUUCAUUGACUUUUGGGAAACAGACUAUUUUGCUACUGUCAGGAGUUGAAGAAAAAAAAAAACAGCUGCAUAUGUUUUAACUCAGUGUGGUAUAACAGAACUGCAGAAAUUUGCUGCCAAUUUAUACAGAAUUAUUUCCCGAAUGUGAUUAUAUAAAAAAAUCACAAUUCAGAUGCUUGUGUUUUGGUUUUAGCUCAAGGUUUUCUGUUUGAACCAAGCUACACUAAGUUUUUUUUUUUUUUUUUUUUGUCUGCACUUGGAUUAUAAAGGGAGUAAUUCACAUGAGGAAUAAUCCUUUUAACUCAUGACAGAAAUAAUCCCUCACAUGUGGGCUUAUUUAAAAAAAAAAUCUAAUAUUUAUGCAUAUUUUGUUGACGUUUAUUGCCAAAUGAAGUACUUAAUACCAUCAUAUUGAGAUGUGUUUGGGAAAUAUACAGCUGUGUGCACAAUGUGUUUUUAUUUCAGUGUACACAUUAAUUCUCCAGAAGGCAGAAUUGAUUUUUUUUUAUUACAGUAAAACUGAUGUCAAAAUCAUAAGUUUCUUAGAGCAUUCCCUUGCAAAAGUAUUCAUACACCUUCAUCUGUAUUAUACUUCUCAUGUUCAGACCAAAGUUAAAUCUUAAUUGAGCCUACAUCACCCUGUACAUCUGCAUGAAUACACUAUCCACAAGGUGAUAAAUGCUAAUAGCAGCUUCAUGCUUUUUGGAUUUGUUUUAUUUAUUAGAAGCAGGGAUGAUGCUUGAUUGUAUAUGAAGAUGAUUCAAUUCGAUUCAAAUAUACCGUAUUAAUCCCCAAAAGGACCGAGCCGCCUGCAGCUUUUCCUCCAUUGCCUCUUGGAGCUCCAGAGUGAGCCGCAUCACCUCAGCCUUCAGGUCGCUUCUACCCAUGAUUAUAGAAAGUAUUUUUCUUGAGACUAAGAAAAACUUAGACUGGUUUGUGAUGCUUUAGAUCAAAGCAUCGGUGGAACAUGUAUGUGCUCCAUAAAAAGUCAAGACCAAAGGAGAAU